AUGCUGAUACCAUCAGUUGCAUCAUUGGCUAUAUUUGUUUUGUCAUGGUGGGUAUGGAGAACUUUGAAGUGGGUUUGGUUUAAACCUAAGAUGCUUGAGAGUUACCUGAGAAGACAAGGUCUUGUCGGAACUCGUUACACGCCUCUUGUUGGAGAUGUGAGAAGGAGUUUUAGCAUGUUGAAGGAAGCAAGUUCGAAACCGACGAAAUUAACGGAUGAUCACAUCUCACUUCUCAUGCCUUACUCCUUGCAAAUGCUCAACACUUAUGGACCAGUACCAGUCAUCACAAUAAUGAAUCCAUAUCUGAUCAAAGAAGUGUGUAACAAAGUUUAUGAUUUCCCCAAGACACACCCGUCUCCUUUGUUUGCAUUGAUAACCGAUGGACUCGCUACUUCUGAUGGAGAUAAAUGGGCGAAACAUCGGAAGAUCAUCCACCCGGCGUUCCAUUUUGAGAAGAUCAAGAAUAUGGUUCCUGCGUUUUAUAAAAGCUGCAGCGAGCUUGUGUGCGAAUGGGACAAGUUAGUUUCAAGUAAAGGAUCGUCGUGUGAAGUUGAUGUUUGGCCAUGGCUAGUGAAAUUGACCGGGGAUGUGAUUUCUCGAACCGCUUUUGGUAGCAGCUACAAAGAAGGACAGAGAAUAUUCACACUACAAAUGGAACUAGCACACCUCAUUAUACAAGCUCUUGGGAAGAAUUAA